GAGCUUGUUCAUCUCUUUCAUUUCUUGUACAUUGCCUCGAAUCUCAUAGCUUCUGCUCGGUCUCGAGAGAAUCGGUUUUGGGUCGGGUUUAGAAUUGUGGUUUCACCAUGAGGAAUAAUCCUCCUCUGUUUGGAAGGGUACCCUUGUGCUUCUUCUUGGCGUCCUUUGUUUUUGCUGCAACCUUGUGCCAUGCUGAUGUGAAGGCGGUCAAGGUCGUCGGCAUUGGCGAAUGUGCUGACUGCAAAGAGAGUAACAUAAAAACUAGCCAAGCCUUGUCAGGAUUGAAAGUAGCUAUAGAUUGCAAAUCAAGUGAUGGGCACUUCAAAACAAGAGGAAUUGGGGAGUUGAAUGAAGAAGGAAAGUUUACUGUAUUGCUGCCUAAUGGCAUUGUGGAAGAUGGAAAGUUGAAGGAAGAGUGUUAUGCACAACUUUAUAGUGCAUCAGCCAACCCUUGCCCUUCCCAUGAUGAUCUUAAGUCCUCCAAAGUGAUUUUGUUGUCCAAAUCAGAUGGGAAACAUACCUUUGGAUUGUCUGGUAAACUCAAGAUUUCACCAGGAACUUGUACAUCAGCUUUCCUUUGGCCAUUUUUCAAGUACCCUCCUCUUCCAAAGUUUCCUCACUUUCCUAUGCCACUCCCUCUUAUACCCAAGUUCCAUCAUCCACACUUGAAGCAUUUUGUUCCCCCAUUCUCCUUCCCUCCAUUGCCACCUAAGGUGUUCUCUCCAUUUCCACCAAAAGAGUUUCCUCCUGUGCCUGUCUAUGAAAAGCCACUUCCACCGCCUGUUCCAGUUUAUGAAAAACCUCUUCCUCCACCAACACCAGUCUAUGAAAAGCCACUUCCACCACCUGUUCCUGUUUAUGAAAAGCCUCUUCCUCCACCAGCACCGGUCUAUGAAAAACCACUUCCACCACCUGUUCCCGUUUAUAAAAAGCCUCUUCCUCCACCAGUACCAGUGUAUAAGAAGCCACUUCCACCGCCUGUUCCCGUUUAUGAAAAGCCUCUUCCUCCACCAACACCGGUCUAUGAAAAGCCACUUCCACCACCUGUUCCGGUUUAUAAAAAGCCUCUUCCUCCACCAGUACCGGUGUAUGAGAAGCCAAUUCCACCACCAGUUCCUAUUUACAAGAAACCUAAUCCUCCAUCAGUGCCAAUCUAUAAGAAGCCACUUCCACCACCGGUUCCUGUUUACAAAAAACCUUGUCCUCCCCCUGUUCCCAUUUACGAGAAACCUAAUCCUCCACCAACGCCAAUAUACGAGAAGCCACUUCCACCACCUGUUCCUAUUUACAAAAAACCUCUUCCUCCACCCGUUUACAAGAAACCUAAUCCUCCACCAGUGCCAAUCUACAAGAAGCCACUCCCACCGCCAGUUCCUAUUUACAAGAAGCCUCUUCCUCCACCGGUACCAAUCUAUGAGAAACCUCUUCCUCCCCCUGUUCCAGUUUAUAAGAAACCCCUCCCUCCACCUGUUCCCAUUUACAAGCCCCCCAUCCCAAAAAUCCUCCCACCACCUGUUCCAAUAUAUGUCCAUCCACUUCCACCUCCCAUUCCAUUUUUUAAACCAAAACACCCCUUCUUCAAGCAUUUGCCUCCCAUUCCAAAGAUUCCCCAUCACCCAUUUCUUAAGAAGCCAUGGCCAACUGUCCCUCACUUCCCUCCUGUUCCCAAGUUCCCACCAAAGUACUUCUCCCACCACAAGUUUGGAGGGUCCCCUAAGCAUCCACCCUCUGCUUCUCAUCCUUAAGCAGCUGCCAUUGUCUUGCAGUGUUAUUGCUUUUCUUAAUAAGCAAUGAAAAGAUGGUAAAGUGCAGUGGAAGUUUAGUAACUUUCAACUGCUGCAAAUAAAGCUCUCCAGUUUCUGGCGUACAAAUUGAAUCAAAUCAGAAGGGACAAAAAGAAGCAGGAAUGAUCUGUUGUUUUUAAUUUAUUUUUCUAUAUGAAGUUAGGUCUGUGUGGAUUGUUUAUGGUUGUCGUUUAACAAAUUGAGAUCAGGAUUCUGUAAAUGUCAAUGAACAAAUUUUCAUUAAGAAAAACUUCACCUUGAGGUUCUUGCAUGUUAUGGUUGUUUAUCCCGGAAAUGAAAAUGAAAAGGCAUAUGAAUGCUUCAAUA